AUGUGCUCAUUGGACAAAAGUACGAUCCGCAUGAUGCCUGUCGAAUGUUUCAACGGACAAAAUCUUAAAGAUGAACAUGGCGGUCAAGGUGUAUUGAACUACUAUACAUCCAACACAAGCGAUUAUAGUUUCAUAUUUCCAUUGUUGGAUUGGCAAGCGAUUAAUGGUAUCACUGUAGAACAUGGAAUUGCGCUCGAACGUUGCUCAAAUGAACCAUCGAGUUUGAUCAGAUUAUCAUUUGUUGGUGGCGUUAGUGAUGGAGAAUAUGAAAUGACGAUGAUGGAUACAGCGACACAUAGUUUAACUACUCAGAGAUCUUGGCAUUUUUAUGAUGAUGCAAUCGUUGUACUAGCGACUAAUUUAAUAGUGAAAACAAUAAAUUUUGCAUGGACAACAUUAAGUAGUCGUCGUUUAUCACACAGUCAAAUUACAAUCGGAUUUUUUAAUUCGACCAUCAUUACUCUUCCCAACGGAUUUUAUUCGCUUUCUUAUAAUUCAGGAAGUCCAUUGAAUACAUGUUGGCCAAACAAAUAUUGGCUAUCUUCGUCAAAUGCAAGGAUUGUAUUCGUCACUAUAGGCAUCGAUCUACGAAAUAAAACGGGCAAUUACAUUGAUAUUGGUACUUCAAAUUAUACGAUUUCGACACGUACUUUAACAAUAUGGUUAGACCAUGGAAUAGGGCCUUAUACACUUGAUUACAACUAUCUCAUUUUACCUAAUACUUCUGUUCAAUCGACGGCAACGAUUAUCAAACAAUACGAAGAGGAUGUGUUCUCCUGUGUAUCAACAAACGGAAAUUUUCAUGAAAUUAUGUGA